CUGACUGCAGCUGAUGGCCAGCUGAUGCGACAGCGUAGGGCGGCCACCUUGCCAGCUAGAGGCACUAGUGAUAGACUGAUGCCUGGGUAUCAGCAUAUACGUAGUUAUAGUGAGAGCAAGGCUGAUGAGGAGUGUCCCAGUGCUGAUUCCAGGGCAAACUUGACUAUAGAAGGUCUGCGGAAGAACCGACCCAGUAGCUGUGAUAUAAGCUCUGGUAGCUCCACUGAUUCCGUACAGCAAUAUGGCAAAUACAAUGUGGCGGAUCGUAUACAAACGCUGAGCCCUAUACCAAGCUCUGGCUCGCUGACUACUAUCAAAUACCCAGCGGUCACCAAUCCAAGAUCGCGCCGUACCAGCGUUACUAACAGUGUUUCGUCUCACAAGAGCGCCCGUCUAAGCCAACAGGACGCACAGGGCUACGCCACUCUACGCUUCUUGCAUCGUGGUCGUCGACCGCUACUGAAUACACCAAUCAGCUGA